GUUUUGCAGACUUCCUCAAGUAGGUCAUCUUUCAUUCCUGCUGAGUCGCCUCUCAUCAGACCUUUGCCCCUGCUCCAACCAUGGGAUCCAUUUCGCCACCGACAGUUUCCCCCUACCGGCCCACCCCCGCCGAUAUCACCAUCAACAACCACCAAGCAGGCGAUCCCGAUCGGAUUCUCUUCCAGAAUGUCCUCAUUCUAGAUUCGACUGGGAGCCUCCCUUAUGCCGGUGACGUGCUGAUUCAAGGUGAACGCAUCGUGGCGGUAGGGCAGGUUGACCCGGCUGCCGCCAUGGGGGCCUUGGUCAUCGAGGGCGGAGGCCAGAAGACCCUGAUGUCGGGCCUGGCGGAUGCACACACGCACCUUAGCUUCAACAACGCCAUCACGACCGAAGAAUUGACCACCAUCCCCCUGGAAGAACAUGUCCUCGCCACGGCUCGGUCGGCCAAAACCUAUCUCGACUGCGGUUACACCAUGUGCUUUGGGGCUGCGGCUGCCCGGCCUCGACUGGACAUUGCUAUCAAAGCAUCCAUCAAAUCUGGCCAGAUCCCCGGCCCCCGAACCCUAGCCAACGUUCCCGAGAUCACCACCACGGGCGGUGCCAUCAUCCCCGAUAUCUCGCGGUAUGCGGACGGGCCACAUGAGAUGCGUAAGGUCGUACGGGAGUUCAUCGAGCUGGGGGCAGACAACAUCAAGCUCAGCAUGACGGGCGAUAAUAUCGUGGAAAAUAUGCCCAGCGAGGAGACUUAUUUCACCCUCGAAGAAACCGUUGCCGCGGUUGAAGAGGCUCACAAUCGUGGGAAGCGCGUGUGUGCCCACGCCAGGAGUGCCGCCUCGGUCAAGCUGUGCCUCACGGCGGGGGUCGACGUCAUCUAUCAUACCAGCUACGCCGACGAAGAGUGUCUGGACAUGCUGGAGAAGAAGAAGGACUCGGUGUUUGUGGCGCCCGCAAUCAAUCUGCCGAUUGCCACCUGUUCGGGUGAGGCGACCCCCUAUGGCUUCACCGUCGAGAUGGCCGAGAAGAAGGGCGUCAAGCAUGAGGUCGAGGCGGCAUGUAAGGCCAUGACGGAGAUGCACCGACGCGGCAUCCGCGUCAUGCCGGGCGGUGAUUACGGCUUUGCGUGGGCGCCGCACGGCACGUAUGCCAGGGACUUGCAGCACUUUGUCGAGCGGUUCGGCUACACGCCCAUGGAGAGCAUCCUGGCGGCCACGGCCUUGGGCGGGGAGAUCAUGGGCCACCCGGAAGAGUUGGGCAAGGUGCAGCCGGGAUACUAUGCCGAUGUGAUCCUGGUGGAUGGCAAUCCUCUGGAGGAUAUUACCAUUCUUCAAGACACCUCGCGCCUGCAUGCGAUCGUGAUCAACGGUUGUGUCCAUAAGCUCGUCAGCGUGUCGGAUACUGCUGACCGAAAAUGAUGACUUGCCAUUGACACUGUGUGACAAUGCCGAACUGGGACGCAUGGCUGCGUGGUAAUUUGAUGCAUGACUUGCUUUUGUUAAGUUGAUACUUUGUGAGAAAUGAGAUAUGCACCCCAUUCAAAGUUCUCAAGCAAGGGCAUGUG